GACUCUGAUUAUUUAUACUUCAAGUUCUUCUAUAUAAUGGAUCUAAUACCUUAUAUUUAUCAUGAAACACAAGAUCCAGGUUCGAUGUUAUGUGCUCAACACGCAUUAAACAACUUGAUGCAAUCUCAUAUUUGGACUGCAAACGAUCUAGCUGAAAUCGCUCAUAGAUUAGAUUCAAUAGAAGAUUCUCAUUUAGAUACUCAAACUCGAUCUCAACGUCAAGGUAGAAGUGCUAAUUAUGAUGAUAGUGGUUUCUUUUCGGUUCAAGUGAUUGAUGAUGCACUUCAUCAACUUGGUCUUCGAUUAGUAAGGUGGCAAAGUGAUGAAAUGAAACCGAUGCAUGCUUAUCCAGAGAACCAAGAAGCUUUUAUUCUGAAUCACGAUUUACAUUGGUUCACACUACGUCGAUUUGGUGGUAAUUCAGAUCGAUGGUACGAUCUUAACUCAGUCACCGGUAAAACUCCAACUUGGAUUGGUUCUGGUUUUCUCAGUAUGACAAUCUCACAAGCUGAGGCUGAAGGUUAUUCAAUCUUUGCCGUCUCACCUGUUUUAGCUUCAUCUGAUCCUACCGCACCUCAACCUGGUACACUGAUGGCAUGUGAAGCAGAUGAACAAGCACAAUCUUUAAAUCCUUUCUUAUAUUCACCUCCAGUGGGUUCAAGUUCAGCAAGUAGUACGACUAACCGAAGAAGAAGAUCGGAUGAAGAUAUGAUGGAUGAUGAACAACCAAGACAGAGAGUUAGAGUAGCUAAUGAUCAACUUCAAAACUUAUCUGAAGCUGAACAACUACGGCUAGCGAUCGAAGCUAGUCUAAUAACCGACCCACAAAGGACAACUUCGAACGAUCGUAAUGAUUCAGAUGAUGAGGCACAAGCAUUUGAAGAGGCAAAUCACUCACAUCCAUCCGAUCCGUCAUUAUUCUCUCAUACGGCUCCUGCUAGAGAAUAUAAUCCAGAUUUCGAAUCUCAAUUAGAAGCUGCUAUCCGAGCAAGUUUAGAAGAAUCCGGUAGUGAUGGUCCAUCCGAUUCGACACCUGAUCUUUCCCUCUCUGGUCUUCCUUCCUCACUUCCUCAGAAUGAUGGGAAUUGGGAUGAACCAACAGCUGAAGAACUUCGAUUGAGACGUUUAGCUCGGUUUGCUUAAUCUAUUGGGUCAUCUUCUUUCUCUUUUGUGCUACAUAUCUAUUUCAAUCUUUUGUAAUCAUAUAAAUCACUUCCAUCUUUACAUCUCACUUUGUUGAUUGUGGAAGGUAUAUUGGGAAUCAGAUGUGACAUUGGUUCAAUUAAACUCUGUCUUAUCUCAGUGUAUUUUAUCUAUUAAUAGCGGAUGAUACAAUUAUGCAAGUAUAUAUUACGCAUUUUUGUUGUAAUUUUUAUUUCCCAAUAAAAAGAAGUAUACAUCUCAAUAAGAAAAAAUGUCCCUAAAAUCAAGACGUCUCUAUGAAAGAUUUGAUGAUGAAUUCAUCAAAUCAUAAACCUAACAAUUCUUUAUAAUGUCUUUUAGCUUUUUCAACAGCUCUAAUCGUACUUUCUAAAGCUUGAAAAAUCAAUUUCUUCUCAAUCGAAAGUAAUCUAGCUUCUUCAAUCAAAUGUGAAACUCUUUCAUUAGUUCUUUCUAAGAAUCCAAUCAUUCUUUGAGCUUUCAUGGCUUUUUCUUCUGGAUUUAAGAUUCGUUUGUUCAAAGAAGAUUCAUGAGGGUUGAUUUGGAUCGGAUUAGGUAAGAUCGAAGACCAAUAAUGUCUUAAGAAUUCAUGUGUAGUUGAAUGAGUUGAAAUGACUUGUGACAUUAAACUUGUAGGAAUUCCACCUUCAAGAAACCCAUUUCUCUGUUCAUAUCGAAUCGUAAUAUUCUCAAUCAUCUCAUUAGUCGCUUCAUUAAUCUCACUCUGAUGAUCUUCAAACCUACCCAAUUUCAUCUUCCAAUCUUCACUUACUCUUCUCAUAAUCUCAUUCACUUCUUGUUUUUCUUCUGAUUCGCUUCGUUUACGUUUAUGGUUUUCGACUUCUUGGUCUUUUUCAAUCGAAUGUCCUUGGAAAU